AUGAGCAGACAAGCCUGCAAGAAAUCCUUCAGUAGUGGGAGCCAGGGCUUCUCUGGCCGCUCCGCUGUGGUCUCUGGCAGCAGCAGGAUGAGCUGUGUGACCCGCUCUAGGGGAGCCAGUGGAGGGGCCUGUGGGUUCCGGAGUGGAGCAGGUGGCUUUGGCAGCCGCAGCCUUUACAACCUGGGUGGCAAUAAGAGUAUCUCCAUCAGUGUGGCAGCUGGUGGCUCCCGGGCAGGUGGCUUUGGUGGAGGACGUAGCAGCUAUGGAAGUGGCUUUGGGGGUGGCUAUGGAGUUGGCUUUGGUGGAGGCCGAGGAGUAGGAGGUGGCUUUGGAAGAGCUGGUGGCUUUGGAGGAGCCGGUGGCUUUGGAGGAGCUGGUGGCUUUGGUGGUCCUGGUGGCUUUGGUCCUGGCGGCUUCCCUGGAGGAAUCCAGGAAGUGACCAUCAAUCAGAGCCUCCUACAGCCCCUCAAUGUGGAAAUUGACCCCCAGAUUGGGCAAGUAAAGGCUCAGGAGCGGGAGCAGAUCAAGACCCUCAACAACAAGUUUGCUUCCUUCAUUGACAAGGUGCGGUUCCUGGAGCAGCAGAACAAGGUCCUGGAGACCAAGUGGAACCUGCUCCAGCAGCAGACCACAGGCUCUGGCUCAGGGCCCAACAACCUGGAGCCCUUCUUUGAAUCCUACAUCAGCUACCUGCGCAGGCAGUUGGAUUUGCUUCUGGGGGAAAGAGGGAACCUGGAUGGAGAGCUGAAGAAUGUGCAGGACCUGGUGGGAGACUUCAAAAAGAAGUAUGAAGAUGAGAUCAACAAACGCACUGUGGCAGAGAAUGAGUUUGUGGGGCUCAAGAAGGAAGUGGAUACGGCUUACAUGAAUAAGGUGGACCUGCAGACCCGGGUGGACAGCCUCAUGGAUGAACUCAACUUCCUGAGGACCCUCUAUGAGAUGGAACUGUCCCAGGUGCAGAGCCACGUCAGCGACACGUCUGUGGUGUUGUCCAUGGACAAUAACCGCUGCCUGGACCUGGACAGCAUCAUUGCCGAGGUUAAAGCUCAGUAUGAGGAGAUCGCCCAGAAGAGCACGGCUGAGGCUGAGGCCCUGUACCAGAUUAAGCUUGGGGAGCUGCAGACUACAGCUGGCAGGCACGGCGAUGACCUCAGGAGCACCAAGAGUGAGAUCCUGGAGCUUAACAGGAUGAUCCAGAGGCUGCGGGCGGAGAUCGAGAACGUCAAGAAGCAAAAUGCCAAUCUUCAGGCAGCCAUUGCGGAAGCUGAGCAGCGUGGGGAGCUGACCGUCAAGGAUGCCAAUGCCAAACUCCAAAGCCUACAGGCUGCCCUGCAACAGGCUAAGGAUGACCUGGCCCGGCUGCUGCGCGAGCACCAGGAGCUCAUGAAUGUCAAGUUGGCCCUGGAUGUGGAGAUCGCCACCUAUAAGAAGUUGCUGGAGGGCGAAGAGUGCAGGAUGUCUGGAGAAUGUCAGAGUGCUGUGAGCAUUUCGGUGGUCAACAGCGUCACCAGCAUAAGCAGCAGGUCUGGCGGCAGCCACGGAGGCUUCGGAGGGGUCGGUGGCAGCAGUAGUGGUGGUUACAGAGGCGGCAGCAGCAGAAGCAGCAGCGGUGGCUACGGAGGAGUCAGCGGCGGCGGCAGCGGGGGCUACCAGAGCAGCAGCAGUGGGGGCUACCAAAGUGGCAGUAGUGGGAGCAGGCUUGGCGGUGGAGGCAGCAGCUCCGUGAGCCAAAGUGGAAUUGGCUCCAGCUCUGGCAGCACCCAAACCUCUGGAGGCAGUGGCUGCAGGCCUGGCAGUGGAGGCAGCACGAGUGUCCGCUUCUCCCAGACCAGCAGCUCGAGCCAGCACUGCUGCAAGUGA